UUUCCACUCAUUAUUGUUUUAGUAUAGCAUGUUCAAAAUUAUUUUUAAUUGAGAAUGGCAGAUAUUCCUCUGAUAUAUAUUAUUACUCGGGAAUAACAGAUCAUUAGAGGUAUAUUGGUUUAAUGGAUGACAAGAAAAUAAUAUAAAUUGAUUUACAUUAUGAAGAACAAAUCCAAUUGAGAGACACAGGUACCGUUUACUCGCCCAGAAUAAGUCAUUAUGGUUGCUGAAAUUUUGUUUAAAUCUUUGGUACUCAUAGCAGCUGUUGUACGGGGUUACGAAUUUCCUGAAGCUUUCAAAAGAUGCCGAAUGAACGAUAAAGAUUUCGAAAUCUGUUUAGCAAAAACAAUCGAGAAUGCUUUCCAGCUCAUUGGAAGCUCAGGUAUUCCAUCUUUGAGUCUUCCUUCAAUCGACCCAAUUCAAAUUACCAGUCUCGAAAUAGGAGCUGGUACUAGCGCUGUCAACCUAGUGCAAAAGUAUAAAGACGUUAAAGUCUAUGGAUUUUCCAAAAACAAAGUAGAGGAAGCACAUAUGGAUUUCGACAAAAAAAUUCUAACAUUCACAACUCUAUAUCCAGAGUUAAGACAGGAGGGUAAAUACAGCGUGAAUGGAAAAAUUUUGGUUAUCCCAGUGUUUGGAACAGGAGAUUCAGUUAUUCAAUUGAUGGAUCCGAGAAUCGUACACACCGUAGUAUUCAAGGAACUCACGAAGAAUGGCAAAAAACACUUCCAUGUUGAAGACUACAAACUGGGUAUCAGCAUCAAGGGGGCACAUUACGAUUUCCAAAAUCUCUUCGAUGGAGACAAGAAAUUGGCCGACAACAUUCUGAAAGUCAUCAAUGAAAAUUGGAACGUCAUUUUCGAAGACGUCAGAGCUGGCGUAGAAACUGCUUAUUCGGCUGUAUGUAAAGCAAUGGCCAACAGGUUGUUUGAUACCGUUCCUGUUGAUGACAUUUUUCUGAAAUGAAUUCGUUUAAUUUUUUGCUAAUUUUGUAACUUGUAGAAUUAUGUUAAAAUAAAGUUUCUUUGAUUUUU